GCGGGAAGGAGUUUGUGUCACCAGCGGGAAGUGGAUUUAACACUGCGGCCGCAGCAGGGUUCUGAGGAGUUAGAAGAACUCACCAGACAGGCGUCUUCUGGACAUCUUUCCUGAGGGAGUCGGGACCAAGAUGUGGUUUAGUGGAUCUGAAAGCUACAGCAGCUCCUCCUUCGGCGGAGCGGGCGGCUACACGCAGUCGCCCGGGGGCUUUGGAUCGCCGACACCUUCGCAGGUUGAAAAGAAAUCAAGGGUCCGAGCCCAGCACAUUGUACCCUGUACCAUAUCUCAGCUGCUUUCUGCCACUCUGGUUGAUGAAAUGUUCAAAAUUGGGAAUGUUGAGAUUUCACAGGUCACUAUUGUGGGUAUAAUCAGACAUGCAGAAAAGGCCCCAACCAACAUUGUGUACAAAAUAGAUGACAUGACAGCUGCACCCAUGGAUGUUCGCCAGUGGGUUGACACAGAUGAUGCCAGCAGUGAAAACAUAGUGGUUCCUCCAGAGACAUAUGUGAAAGUAGCUGGCCAUCUGAGAUCUUUUCAGAACAAAAAAAGCCUUGUAGCCUUUAAGAUCAUGCCUCUGGAGGAUAUGAAUGAGUUCACCACACAUAUUCUGGAAGUUGUCAAUGCACACAUGAUCCUGAGCAAAUCUAACAGCCAGCCCCCAGCAGGGAGAGCGCUUAUCAGCAAUCCAGGAAUGGGUGAGACAGGGAACUUUGGUGGGAAUAGCUCCAUGCCAGCAAAUGGCCUCACUGUGGCCCAAAACCAGGUCCUGAAUUUGAUUAAGGCUUGUCCAAGACCUGAAGGAUUAAACUUUCAUGAUCUCAAGAACCAGCUCCAACACAUGACUGUAGCCUCAAUAAAGCAAGCUGUGGAUUUUCUUAGCAACGAGGGACACAUCUAUUCCACUGUGGACGAUGAUCAUUUUAAAUCCACAGAUGCAGACUAACUGGAUCUAAUUGAGUACCCAAGGCAUUUUCCAGCUGGAUCUGUUUUCAUAAACUGUUGUCUCCAGCUAUGCAUCUGUUUGGCCAAUUGAUUUCUAGGAUUUCAUCUAGAAAGGGUCUCAUUUAACAUCCUUUUGAAACUUACUGCUCUUUGGUUUUUUGUUUGUUGUUAUUUUUGUGUUUUGAAGCUCAAUUUUGGGCACUUGACAAGAAUGUAAACCUGGGUGGACUUUCUUAAAGAAGUUACAAAUCGGGGCGCCUGGGUGGCUCAGUCAGUUAAGCGUCUGCCUUCGGCUCAGGUCAUGAUCGCGGGGUCUUGGGAU